AUGGGAAUCGCAGGACUUUGGCCCCUUCUUGAGCCAACUUGUCAACCGGUUACGCUUGAAACCUUAGAAGGGAAAAUAUUAGCUGUUGAUGUUUCCAUCUGGAUUUAUCAAGCUCAACUAGGAUAUCCUGGUGAAGUUCGAUGUCCACAUCUUGCACUGCUUGUUUCUCGGAUGUGCAAACUUCUAUACUAUAAAAUUCGACCUGUAUUUGUGUUCGAUGGGGAAGGAGUACCGUCAUUCAAGAGCAAAGUUUUAAAUGAACGCCGCCUUAAGAAGCAUACGGAAGAUAUUGUUCUAACUCAUGCGAAAAAACGUACCCUACUAGACCUAGCUACCAGUAGGUUUCGUAUCUCAGUGCUCUUUCCCUUUUACUUCAGUUGUUCCAAUUAUUUUGAUCACUUUAUAGUCAUGAAUUACAGCGAAGUCGUGGAUUUGAGCGAUGAUGACGAAGACAUUGUUGUCGUAGAUGCUAAAAAAGAAGAACCAUCAUCUCGAACUAUUGACAUCUUAAUGGAUGAGCGUGAACGGAUUCGGAAUUCUAGACUCAGACCCUCGCAGAUUCCAUCCGACUCGAAAUCUUUCAGUCAAUUCCAACUUGAGCGUUUGCUUUGCCGGAGCCGUCUGAAUACUCACAUCAAACAGGUGCCUCAUGGGCGCUCAAACCGCCGCUACGAUUCUGAAAUGAACUCGAAUGCGAGAGCCUAUGUCAAAAGCCGGAUUAAUUAUGCGGACGAACUGACUUUUGACUUCUUAACAGCCUGUGGUUUCCCUUGGAUUGAGGCACCUGGUGAAGCGGAGGCCCAGUGUGUGGAAUUGGAGAAUUUAGGUCUAGUACAGGGCGUAAUCUCGGACGACAGCGAUGUUUGGGCUUUUGGAGUGAAAAAUGUUUAUCGUCAUCUUUUUUCGAAGAACAAAAAUGUCCAGCACUACGACUCCUCCACAAAACUAUCGUGCGAAUUUCACCUAGCAGACUUCGUUGGUCUCGCUGUUCUUUCUGGAGGUGACUAUUCUUCCGGUCUGGCAGGCGUUGGAAUAGUAAAUGCAGUUGAACUUCUGUCCGAAUUCGCAGAGACCUUGUCGACUCUGGGAAAUGUUGAAAAGUGGAUGGCUACAUUCGAUUCAACCGAAGAUCCACCUGAACCUAUUGCGUUGCGCCGAAAGCUCCGCGCCAUAAUAAAGAAAAAUAACGAUAUGGAGAGGAUCAAGUCGAUUGUCAAUCCAGAUGUUGUGGCAGCCUAUUUCCGGCCCAAUGUAGACAAAUCGCGUGAGAAGUUCCGCUGGAAAAAGGUAGAUAUGGAGCGUGUACGGGCCAUACUCUACUCCAAACUCGGAUGGGAUGACGAUAAGUUCAAUAAGCAAACGUUAACCCCGCUACAACGAUGGAAUGAUUUUAUAACGGGAGGAGCGUCUUACCAACGGCAUAUCACCUCCUUCACCCAUAAAUUACAACAAUCUCCAGAUGAACAGAGGGUGACGUUAACGAAGAGGGUUGAAACUGCCCUGGCUAACCUGGCUAAACGAACAGGUAAUACAGUUUUACGCACUAAUAUUUUUUCUCUUAACACCUACUCUAAAAGAAAAUUUGUUUGCGAGUUUACUAAGAAUAUUUGA